GGCUCCUAUAUAACCUUGUCUUCUCCAACUUGUUCUACCACAUAACUCUGAUUACUAAUAUAGAAGAAAAAAAAUCAAAAGAAAGAAGUAUUAAAGAGAGAGAUGGGAAACAGUCUAAGGUGUUGUCUAGCUUGUGUUCUUCCAUGCGGAGCACUAGAUUUGAUCAGGAUCGUUCAUCUAAACGGCCACAUUGAUGAGAUCACACGGUCUAUAACCGCCGGAGAGAUCCUCCAAGCAAACCCAAACCAUGUCCUAAGCAAACCAUGUUCUCAAGGAGUUGUCCGCAAGAUCUUGAUCUUGUCCCCUGAAUCCGAGCUCAAGAGAGGAAGUAUAUAUUUUCUCAUCCCUGAUUCUUCCUUGCCGGAGAAGAAAAGAAGGAGAAAAGACGGUCACAGCCCGAACAAGACUCCCAACAACAACCCUAACGCUGACCUCAGAGACGUUAGAGAUGGUGAUCAGUGUGUGAAACCAUGUGAGAAGUACUUACAAGAAGUUGUGUCGUCCACGUCAAAUGGUAAAGAACACCGUCAUCGCCGGCGACACAGUAGGUCGGUGUCAGUAUCCUCGUGGCAGCCUCACCUUGACAGUAUCUCUGAGGAUCUUAAUUAAUUACUCUUCCCUUACCUCUUUAUCUUUUUUCUAGCUAAUGGGGUGUUUUUUUUUCCGGGAGCCGGAUUUUUAUUUUCGAGAGACUUUUAUUUUGUUUUGCUUUUGUGAAAAAUCUCACAAAAAGAAUUAUAUAAUGUGGAUAAGUUAUGUGUUGAAUCAUGGUGUAGUAAUUUCUAGUU